AAAGGUUGUUGUUCUGUCCGUUUCGUCCGUCAACGGGAACUACGUACGACAUAAAAAAAUAAUCACAGUCCGAGUUCCGGUGCAGUCGGUCCACCGUUUAUUUUUUUUUCUACAAACACCCGUGUAUCCGGCGAUUUAAGUGCGCCGAUAACAUAUAUGUUUUGAACGGACCGGAACGGACGCCCCGAACCAACGAUGGAAGCCACGGCCAAGCACGACUUCAAAGCCACGGCGCCCGAUGAAUUGAGCUUCAAAAAGGGUAGCUUGCUCAGGGUGAUCAACAUGGAAGAUGAUGUCAAUUGGUUUCGGGCUGAGUUCGAGGGCAAAGAGGGACUGAUACCUAGCAAUUAUAUAGAAAUGAAAAAUCACGAUUGGUACUAUGGAAAAAUCACCCGAGCAGAUGCUGAGAAAUUAUUAGAUCAACAGCCUGAGGGUUGUUUUCUGGUACGAAUAAGUGAGAGUUCACCUGGAGAUUUUUCAUUAUCUGUCAAAUGUGGUGAUGGUGUUCAACAUUUUAAAGUUUUACGAGAUGCACAGGCAAAAUUCUUCCUGUGGGUGGUUAAAUUUGAUAGUUUAAAUGAACUAGUUGAUUAUCAUCGAGAAUCAUCUGUGUCUCGUUCACAAGAUGUUAGGCUUAGGGACAUGCCAGCAGCAACUCAAAAUGGAUUUAACCAAAAACCGACGCUGGUAAUUGGAAUGUAUGACUUUACACCUCAAGAAGAUGGAGAAUUAGCAUUUAAACGAGGAGAUGUUAUAACUGUGACAAAUCGCACUGAUGUAAAUUGGUGGAGAGGUGAGAUUGGCACCAGAGAAGGACUGUUUCCAGCUGCGUAUGUUUCUCCUUAUCAUGCCCCUUAAUCUACAGUGUUCUUCAUAAUGUUGGAUGUAUUUACUACUAUAUGGAACGUAUAUUUACUACGGUAGAGAACAUGUGAACAUGUGACCACAAAAUAGACUUAAAAAUUCUAGAUUUUUCCCUCGGGAUCAAAUAUUUAUUGCAAUAAAAAAAAGUCAAUAAUUAUUUAAAUACUUAAAUCUGUUUAGGGUUUCAAGUUUUGUUAUUAAUUAAUUCAAUGAUAUAUUAACUUAAUUUUUUUUGCUUAUCCAUUAAUUUUUGUUUGUUAAUAUGUACAAGGUUAAUACACUAUGAAUCAAAAUAAUAAAAUGUUACCUACCAUUCAGACUUAA